ACGGAGCAGUCCAAAAAGCAAGAGUGCUCAGGUUGAGGCGGGAAACCACACGAGCGGGAAAAACCCCGUAAACGAGCGUUAUAGUAAAUCUAUUGUGGUGGACGACUCUGUAAAGCUCGCUAACUUUAUUAAACGACCGCGUUGUGCUUUGUAGCCUGACUCUUGCUUUAAAAAGCGAUUUAUUUUGGUUAACGGAACCCCCCUCCUCGUCGCGGGGAACAUGGUACAGUCCGGAACGCGUCACCCAUUGUUUACAAAUGAAGCCUGGUUGUUGGUGAGUGCCGAGCGGCGUGGUGAGAGCGAGCAGCGGCCCGGCGGCUCUCAGUCACACCGACAAACAAACAAACAAACAAACAACACAGAAGAUACUCCAGAGGAACCACACGUCCGCCAUUAUGCCCUGUCGGAAGGAGAACUACAUCUUUCUGGAGCAGUCGGUCACCGUCGACUCGAAGGAGGUGGACGCGCUGGUGACGAAGAUCGGCGAGGCGCUGCAGCUCCACAACAACACCGGCGGCCACCAGAAGACUGUGUCCGUGUCUGUGUCGUGUCUGCACGGGUUGACCGGCGGCGGCACCGGCGGGGUCAAACCGGCUCUCAUCGGCGGCGGUGGAGGCAACGGAGGUGGAGGUGGAGGUGGAGGAGGAGGCGGGAAUAGCUCCUCGGCUCCGGCGCAGAAACGCUGCUGCAUGCGGCUCCGGAACCGGGGACACCGGGGGAGGAGCAGCAGGGCGAGCCCGUACCACAUCCCCGGGUCGGACCCGGACUGGGACCAAAUCAAACCGUGGAGCAAAAAGAGGAUCACCGUGGAGGAGGACGACCCGCACCGGCUGCUGCAGGACUUAAUUUUAUCCGGGAACCUGAUCAAAGAGGCCGUGAGGAGGCUCCAGUUCUCCGCCGCGGACUGUGGAGAGUUCCCGCAGGCGGCGGACGGGGUUCCGUCCUGAUACCCGAACCGGACCGGACCGGACCGCGAACACAUCAGACUGUUUAGAAUUAAAUUUCACAAGACUGGUAGCUAUUUGUUUUUCUAAUUUCAUCAAUUUUUUUCAUGGGUUUAUUGUGUGUGUGUGUGUGUGUGUGUGUGUGUGUGUGUGUGUGUGUGUGUGUGUGUGUGUGUGUGUGUGUGUGUGUGUGUGUAACGUUGCGUCGGCUAGCAGUUAGCUGAGCUUGCUAACUAGCCACCCGGCUGCUGUUGUUUAUGUUUGAAUGUGUGUGUGUGUGUGUGUGUGUGUGUGUGUGAGGCGUUCAGGGGCAGCAGUGCAGCAUUGAGACAAACAGCUCUCAGUGUGUAAUAAUGUGUGAAUGAGAAGUCCACCAUCAGGAAACUAAAAGUGUUGAAGUUCAACAGGAAACAAACAAAAACAGUUUUAGUGGAUUAUUAAACGAAUUCAGUGUUUUUUUUAAAAAGUAAACAAACAAUUUCUUACAAUUAAAAAAAAAACGACCCUUGUUGUUUCCCAUACUUUAGAAAUAGUUUCCCAAUUUUGGUUUUCUCAUUUCUCCCCCCUUCCUCUGGUCGAACAGGAAGUCCUGGUUUAUUCAUUUAUUGACCACUCAGUCCCACAGUGUGUUUCUGUGGGGGGGGGGUCUGGUUGUCCAUGUUGUUUACAAUCUAAUGCUGUGUGUUAAGAGCCACUGUACAGAGAGGAGAAAGGACGUGCCCUCCUCUUCCUCGCCCCCCCAGUUUGGUGAAAUGAGCCUCUACCUGUCGGUUUAUUCUCUUUAAAGCUGAGGUUUUGUCCUGGCGUGGUUUUGGCCCCCCCAGGGUGUCACAGGAAGGCAGCUCCACGUUUCAUGGACAUCAAACACGUGGUGGAAGACGGGGGGGCAUGGGAAAGGGAAAGUAGAGGAAGCACGCCCUUUUCCCACAAGGCUUAGGGUGAUGUGUAACUGUUUGUUUGUAAUGGGGGGGGGGACGUCACAUGACAACACUUUAGUGGUGCUUUCACCUUUUUGAAUUCCCCAGCGGGAGUUCUGUUUGUGUUUUUUAUUUUUUAUUUGUUUCUUCUCUGUGUAAAGAAAAUUCACCACGACUGCUUCGUACCGAAGUUCCUGAUAAUGUUCCUGAGUAUCCAGGAUCCUUUUUGUUGUCUUAAUAAACUCAGUUUUGUUUUUCCAAA